UCGAUUUGAAAAUUAGAUGUGCGAAGAAAGUUCCACUGUCGCUGAUCGUGAGACGAUGCUGACGACGAUGAUGAUGAUCGUGUCGUCGUAGAUUAUGCUCGAACCGCAUGGUUGGGAUGGCCGUCGCGAGUGGCGGUGUGACAGCCUUCUUUCAUUGCAUUCCAUUCGAGUAGAAACGCGCCGCCGCGUGCGACACCAAAGUCGUCAUCCGUCCGUCCGUCGUCGGUGGGUCCCGUGCGCGACGGAGGACUCUUCUGCUGCUUGCCCGGCGACUGGCGGAUCCGGCGUGAAGUCGUAAACCGAAUCGAUCCUCUGUCGCGUACGGAGCACGAGUUUAGUGCUCAACGAAUCGUGAUCGCGAUAGGACGUCCGAGUGUGUGAUCGGCCGGUUAGUUGUGGAAUAAUAAUAAUAUUUUUACGCUGUCGUUUCGUUUCCGUACAGCUACUUGAGUUUCUAGAGACGUGCGAAAAAAUAUAAAAAUAAGAGAGUGAGUGAUCUUCGUUGUGAUGUCGUCUGACUGCGUCUCAAGUGGUGCUGAAAUGGUUUAACAGGCUGGCAUAAGUUUGCAGCGUUUGAUAGCGCCGGGCACUUUGGGAACAAGCUACACCUUGGUUUAUUUAUUUUUACUCGGAAUGGAAUGAUCAAAGCGGCCGGACGACGUAUUCGACGGAUUGUUACUAGUUUUCCUAAACGCUGACCUAGUUAACAGGGUCUGGUUUUACUAAACGAUGUGUAUUAAUAACGAACUAUAAAUUGAUGGCUGACUAUGAAGUGGAAGUGCUGCGGUGAAUCUUAAUUGGGCAGUUACAAAUAAUUGCAUAAUGAGCGGCGAUAAGUGAUUCAAGUUUAUCGAAGAAGUGGCGACUUGCGGUGCAGCGAAACCUCGGAGUCUUUAAAUUUUGAAUGGGACAGCUUGUGACUGACCACGAGACGUGCCGCGAGUGAGCUUAUAUAGCUUGGAGAGGGGUGUUAAGUUUCAAAGCGAAUGAGCGUGUUUCCGUUGGACAGCAGCUUGAUUACGGCGGACAAUGAGUUGGCGUUAUCGAGUGUUGGCGCUUUGUGGCUUGGCGGCAGUAUCGCUUGCAUGGAGUUCCGGAUCGGCGGAAUAUCAGGAUGACGAUUUGACGCAGCCAGCUUAUGUUAACAUGACAGAUAUCUUCUCAUGCUGUUCGGGUGUGCACGGUUCAUGUAAAGCGGCGUGUGAAAGCCUGUCACUGGUCAAACUUGCAACAGACAGCGCAAACAAAGAUUGGAAGCUGCACGAUAUACGACGGUUAUGCCAAUCAUCUGAGUCUCCAUUUUGGCAUUGCAUGAACAACACCCUAGCAUCUAUUCAAAAAGGCAUGACCUGGCCUGGUCGGGCAUGUUGUGCAUUGGGAAUGUCCCUGAGGUGCCAGAAUACAUGCGCGAGGGCAUCUAGAAGAGAAGACCUGCUGACUGGCUGUCGACACAGUGACGAACAACAGCUAUUCAACUGCGUCGAGCGGCAAGAGGAUGGCGAUAGCUGUUGUGGUCAGGCCAGAACAUCGGAGUGCUUACUGGCGUGCAAAGAUGUCUUUCGGUCGAAUCAAACCCCCAACAAACACCAACGGGAGUUGGUGCAAAAUACAUGCAGUAACAACAAUACGGAUGUUUUGCAAUGUAUCAAGGGAUACGUUGAAGUGACUAUCAAUGGAAAUUUGAAACAUUACCUUCCAUGCUGUGAUCAAACAACUGAAAGCCAAUGUAAAAAAGCGUGUCGUGACACUCUGUUGGAUGGCAGUUUUACAGAAGAAGAAACCAUCGAUAUUCUUCAAAGUUCAGGUUGUGGAGUCCCUUUGCCACAUGAUCCGUUGUGGAAGUGUUUCUUCUCGUUUGGUAAAAGUAAAGUAGUGCCAGUCAAUUCGAACGAAAUAUCCCGCAUCAACCAGGUGGGAAUGGAUUCGGCCAAGAUGCAUUGUUGCCUGAAAGCCAACUCAACCAGAUGUAGGAAAUUUUGCAUUGCAACGUACUCAAACGAGUGGACUACGAAUUUAGCGGAGUUCGAACAAGGUUGUUUGCUUUCUAUGGAAGAAUACAGUAUGAAACAAUGCGUUGAUGAAGUCGAUGAACCAUGUGAGUUGGGCUGUGAUGGCCUUUCGUAUUGCAGUAAUUUUAACAAUCGUCCAACGGAGCUUUUUCGCAGCUGUAGGGCUCAAUCGGAUAAUGCAGCCCUAAGUGAUGUGGAACAGUGGAAGGAACAGCACUUUGUUAGGUUGCCUGGUAUUAAUCUUCCGAUCCGAAACAUAAGCGAGUGUUCGCUGGAAACGUGGAAAUCUAUUGCAUGUUUGUUACAGAUAAAGCCUUGUACUCGAAGUUACCACACCAAUCGGAUCUGCAGAGAAGAUUGCUAUGAAGUGCUGGGACGUUGCGUAGACUGGAAUAGGAUGACAGUGAAGCAUUCAGUAGCCUCCCUCUGUGAGAUGUUUUCUCCCAACGAUGACAAUGAAUCGGAAUGCGUUUCGCUGAAAAGAUAUCUAGAGCCUAGUGAUGUUCUGUUAAAGAAUACUGAUGUGCUCCUAGUUUCACCUUGUAAGGGGAAUCCUUGUAACUCAAGCCAAGUUUGCAUCGUUAAUCGGGAUGGGACAUUUGGAUACAAGUGUGUCAACGGAUGUCCUCUUGGAGAAGCUUCCUCUUAUAUGGUGCCAGAAGGAACAUUCGUUCGAAUUCCAGUGUCAUCUACAAUUAAAGGAUGCCUCAAAGUAUGUCGAUGUGGAGCUGGUGGCAGGAUAGAGAAAUGCCAACCUAUUCCGUGUAUAAGCUACGAUUCAUGUGUUCUUGCGGGAAAACGUAUCGAGCACUUGUCGUUCUUUUAUGUAGAGUGUAACAUAUGUAGUUGCUUUGCUGGUGAAAUCACCUGUACCAAGAAGCAAUGUCGUAGGCCAGGACUUACUAACAAAUCGUUCACCACAUUGCCCUGCAAUUGUCCUGUCCACUAUGUCCCAGUUUGUGCCCGCAAUGGCAAUACGUACCCUUCGGCAUGCAUAGCUAAAUGUGCUGGCAUUCAGGACGGAGACAUCCAGUUUGGACCCUGUCGUGCCAGAGAUCCUUGCGAUGGAAUUGAAUGCAACCCAUUGUCAGUAUGCAUUCCGGAUAGGAACGUUUGCUUAUCUACGAUGCACAAGCCGUGUCCUCAACAUCAAUGUGUAAGCUUGGCAUCUGUCAACUGUUCGGUGAUAACAUCUAUUCGGGACACGAACCUGAACUUCUACCCUACUGUAUGCGACCUGGUCAAGUCGGGAGGUUUGUUUGCGUAUCGGGAGAAGUACUUCACGCACUGUGAAACUUCCAGGAAGCGCACACAAGUUUGCGGGGUCAACGGAAUCACCUAUCGGAGUGAAUGUGAAGCGUGGGCUGACUACUCCACGGUCGACUACAACGGGCCAUGCCAAGAGGUUGGUGUGAUAAGUGAUUCACUGGAAGCAAAAUGUAGCUCGGUUAAAUGUCCCAAACGGAAGUCCUAUGAAUGCAGCCAGGUGAUUCCGCCAGGAGCGUGCUGUCCUGUUUGCGGGACGGCCUUGCGAAUUGUGUAUUCCAGGAAGCAAGUUGAUCGUGCCUUGUAUGCCCUGAAAGGCGUGAAUACGGAAAUCCUUACCCUUAAAUCUAUCCUUAGCUCUCUAGAACGAUUACUACAAACGGUGGAAUGUAGAAUAAGCGGACAGCUGACUUUCGAGAACGACAUCUAUGUGAUUGUUGAGAAUGUGUCCAAGCAUCCAAAUUAUUUGCAAGUUGAAAUUUGUAGUCGCGAGGCGGAAAAAUUAGUUACCCUGAUAAGAACGCAAAGUCAUAUGAUAACUAGCGAGCUCAAUCUUAGUGCAUUGAUAGUUGCUAAUUUAGUCAAAACAAACGUAGACAGUGGAGCCCAUAAAAUAAGUAAUAGUUUGUUAUUAGUGUUGAUAUUUGUGCAAUCCUUAAUUCUAGUUCGAUCAUUUCUCAGAUGACCUAUGAUGUAAUUCAUACCGUGAAAAUUUAGUGCCACAUCCAUAUUAGGAGACUCUUACCGCAAUAAAAGCUGUGAUAUUUGUGAAUUUAAUCCAAUGUACCAAAGUAUGCUUAGAUUCCUGUAGAUAUGGUUGCAAUAAACUUCUAGUCCUGGUUUUUGUUACAAAAACUUGUAAACAGUGUGUUUUUUAACUUGAGGUGACAUAAAACCAGUAACAAAAAUACUAUAACCACAGAGAAACAGACGUAACACUUGGAACAAAUUAUAUUAAAAAUCAUCGUCACGAAAUCGUAAUCGCCCACGCCCAGUGCUAAUCAUGCCAUGAUUGUACAAGCCACCACUAGAUGACGAUAGUGAGCAAACGUCAAACAGGAGCAAAAACGCUACCAGCGCCACGACUGGUAAAAAAAAAUAGUUUUUCUUUCAUGAGCAUGCAGCUCAGGCUGCGGCUUAUUUUUCAGAAGUUGUCUAAACCCGGAAUUCGUAAGCUCUUUUGGAUUCAAACAACAUAAAAAGAGAAACGUGUGAUUAAAAAAUUUUGAGAUUUA